CGCAGAGAACUAUAAAAAAUGAAAUUAACCACCGCAAAGAUUGCCUUUAUAAUCAUCACUUUCUCUUAUUGGUCUACUAGUACAUUAUCAACAGCGAAUGAUGAUUAUUUUGCUAUAGAAAACUAUAUGUACGAGUCGCUUCAAUCUCUAUGUAAUGAUGAGAUUUCUUUAAACUUCUCAAACGCUGUGAUCUCUGAAAUUAAGCGGGAUUUUAUCAGCAGCCCUGUGAUUACCUGCCUCAAUCUUAUGAAUAAUAAUAUUGAGAAAAUUGGGAGAGGUGCCUUCGAAAAAUUAUCAAAUUUAACUCAAUUAUUUCUUUCAAACAAUAGAUUGCACAAUAAUGAACUUUUUAACUUUGGAGGUCAUGAUAAGUUACAAGUACUUAUAAUGAAUUAUGCAACAAGAUGUGACUUCCAUUCUACAUGUUUUGAUAAAAAUAAAAUACAGAUUUUCGGCAAAUAUCCUAACUUAGAAAUUUUAUCUCUAAGUCAAAAUUAUUUCGACGAUUUAACGUUUGACCAAAAAAGUCCAUUUAUGGAAUUCCAUUUGACGACGCUGACGACUUCGCAAAACUGGAUACCAUUCCCCAAGUUAAAAAUCCUGGAUCUUUCAGAAAAUGACAUAUUAGGAACCAAUUUUGUACAGCUGCUAUCAAACAACUUAUACUUUCUUGAUCUUCAUGGCAAUUCGCUUAGAAAAUUGAACUUAAACCAAAAAGGAAACAAAUUGUUCGCACUGAAUUUGGAUAAAAAUAAGUUUGACAAUAUUCGACACUACGGGUACAGUAAGACUUUAUCGAUGAUUGGUCUGAAGAAUCUACACUAUCUUUCUGUUUCUGGAAACAACAUUCAAAUUAUCGAAUCAGAUGCUUUUCAAGGCAAUAACGAAUUGCUUUUUUUGAAUUUAUCCUCAAAUCACAUACAUUAUCUACAUUCAACAACAUUUGCAAAUUUGCAAUAUUUAGAAACACUAGAUCUAAGUAUCAAUCAACUCGAAGAUGUUCCGGAAAUCUCAGAUAAAACAGAAAUUAGCACUUUAUACGUUAAUAACAACAACAUAAAGAAAAUAACAUCGCAUACUUUCGUGCAUAUGCCAAAAUUGAUGAAAUUGUUAAUGAGAGAAAAUCAGAUUGACGAAGUUGAUGUUAAUGCGUUCGCUCAUCUUACUCUUCUAGAAGAAUUAGAUUUGUCGAGGAAUAUGUUAAGUUCUUUGUCAGAAGGGUGGACAGAAUCCCUUGUAUCUUUGAAAUAUUUGGAUUUAAGCUAUAAUAAAUUCACUUCGCUGGAGUCUUUGUCACUGACAAAUACGUUGCCAUUGAUAACAGUAUAUUUAGUGAACAAUUCAUUAGAAUAUCUUAAUGUUAAAUAUUUUGAGAAUUUACCACAAAAUCUUACUAUUGACUUGAUACAUUAAUUUAAAUUUUACAAAAUAUUUGAGAUACGAGUAUCCCGAGUACCCCGAUAGAAGAUAACUGAUUUUGAAAUUUAACACAUUUCACA